UAAAGGUAGGGCCACAGCGGCAGACAGACAGAUGUGUGAUGCUUCCACUCAUCCGUGGGGCCGCUUCCCCUCGUCCGUGUCCAGGUAAACUUUUGCGUCCUCCCCCGGUGCCCGCGCGCAGCUGUCAUUGAUGCCAAGUCGCCGCUCGCCUUUUCGCACACCUGCCUUUCCCUCCGUUCUUAAAUGAUUAUUGGUGCCAGCAUCCGGAGCGAUGCAGCAGCAGAAACGGGGGCUGAAGUGGCACUAGGUCCUGUUGAAUUGAGACAAGAGGCGACGACACGCAGCCACAGAAGUGUCCGGCUCACAGUGCGUCAGACCCGGACGGUUCAGCGGAUGAGACGGCGGCUGUGGAUGCGGCGAGGGAAGAGUGAUUCUACCCCCAAACAAUCAAGACGGGAAUUUGGGCAAAGCGAAGAACUGCAUCCUCACCUCACCUACCUCCUCCACCUCCUCCUCCUCCAGCAGAUUUGUUUGUUGAGGAGCUGAGGCGAUUUCAUCUGGCCCCUUUUCAGUUCUCCAGAGAAAGCGUCACAAGAAUAAAGUCAUUCAGAUUCACUGGAGCUCCAUGAAAUAACAGCAGAGCUCCGUUUUUUUCAGUCCAAAGGAAAACAUGUUUUUUCUUUCUCUCAUCACAUAAAAUGGCAUCCAGGAGUGACCACGGAGCAGCAAAAGACGCAUUUGGGCGCGAGGACAGAUUAACCACCUGAUGGGCGCCGGACCAGCCGAGGAGGGGAGGUUGUUUUGGUGUUGUUUGGUGACUUGGUGAUUUAUAACGAUGAACAAAUAAGAAGGGCGCUGCAAGUUCGGACCCUGAGCGUCUGCGUAACAGGCUCUGGCCACCGGCCGCACAUUUUUGGUUAUGGUAAUGAUGUCAUAAAAUAAUGGAGGCCUGUGUCUAAUCGGGAAGAUAGGCUGAUCAAUAUCUCCUAUCAUGUAAGUAAACCCACGGAUUCCGCUCAGCAUGGACCUAAAUGAGGUGGGUUUCUUAUUCUGACAUUCUCGUCUUCACAUCUGAUUGGUCGAACCAGUUAAUGCCUCAUUUUCUGUUUUCACGCGCCCCGAGCUGCAACUUUUCUCCUCUGGCCUGCAUCCACACCGCCCCGAGGCGGCUGCCGUAGAACCGAGCCGCGCACGGACUGAAAAUGGAGUUCGCUAUGGUGGGCGCGGACGGCGGCUGCAACAGUCACCUGCCGUACGGGUAUGCCCAGGCACGGGCUCGAGAGAGGGAGCGCGAGAGGGAGCGUCAGGCAGCCCAGUCGCGAGCGGCGGCUGCUGCGGCCGCCGCCGACGGAGGCUCCGGUGCCGAGGGAGGAGGAGGAGGCGGAGGAGGAGGAGGAGGAGGCGGCGGUGGUAGCGGCGGCGGCGGCGGCGGCAGCGGCGUGGGGGGGUCCACCUCCUCCUCCAGCGCUCAUCUCCUUAACAACCGCCAGCAUCAGUCUCGCGCCGCCUCCUCCUCCUCGAACGCCAACAUCAGCAGCGGCGGUACCGCCUCGCGCCCCUCCUCCUCCUCCACCUCCGCCUCCUCCUCGCAGCCGCCACAGCACCAGCAGGAGCCCGAGCAGCAGCACAGAGUUCUCAGAGAGCGGAAAAAACAGCGCGGCGUCGGACGGUGGAGGCGCAACCGGAGCACGCUCGGCGGAGACCUGCGCCACUCGGAGCUGGCCCUGCUCGGAUCCGAGGAGGACAUCAUGAUAGAGGAGGAAGAGGCCGAGGGGGCUGAGGAGGAGGAGGAGGAGGACGAGCGGAACCGGGGGAGCAAGAGGUCCAGCUUUCUGUGCAACAUGGAUGAUGAGGAGGACACGGGCUCGUUAACGGACCGGCGGCCGCAGUCCGGCUACGAGAACGCGUACAGUGAGUGCGGCUGCUGCGAGCGGGUGGUCAUCAACGUGUCCGGGCUGAAGUUUGAGACUCAGCUCAAGACUCUGACUCAGUUCCCGGACACCCUGCUGGGAGACCCGGACAAACGCAUCAGGUACUUCGACCCGCUGAGGAACGAGUACUUCUUCGACCGGAACCGGCCCAGUUUUGACGCCAUUCUGUACUAUUACCAGUCGGGGGGGCGGUUGAAAAGACCCGUCAACGUCCCCUUUGACAUCUUCUCCGAGGAGGUGAAGUUUUACGAACUCGGGGAGGAAGCGAUUCUAAAGUUCCGGGAAGAUGAGGGUUUUGUCAAAGAGGAGGAGAAACCUCUGCCCGAGGACGAGUUCAAGCGCCAGAUCUGGCUCCUGUUCGAGUACCCGGAGAGCUCCAGUCCGGCCCGGGGCAUCGCGGUCGUGUCCGUCCUGGUCAUAGUCAUCUCUAUUGUCAUUUUCUGUUUGGAGACGCUGCCGGAGUUCAGGGAUGAAAAAGAGUACCUUCAGCCGCGACACAACUCCAGCCAGCCCGACCACGGCUUCACCCCCUUCAACGACCCGUUCUUCAUCGUGGAGACGGUCUGCAUCAUCUGGUUCUCCUUUGAGAUUAUAGUCCGCUUCUUCGCCAGUCCCAGCAAACCGGCGUUCUUUAAAAACAUUAUGAACUCUAUAGACAUUGUCUCCAUUUUGCCUUAUUUCAUAACUCUCGGCACGGACCUGGCGCAGCACCAGGGCAACGGCCAACAGGCGAUGAGCUUCGCCAUCCUGAGAAUAAUCCGCCUGGUCAGGGUGUUCCGCAUCUUUAAACUGUCCCGGCAUUCCAAGGGGCUGCAGAUCCUGGGUCAUACCCUGCGCGCCAGUAUGAGGGAGCUGGCCCUCCUCAUAUUCUUCCUGGUCAUCGGUGUCAUCCUCUUCUCCAGCGCCGUGUACUUCGCCGAAGCGGACGAGCCCACGUCCCAGUUCACGAGCAUCCCCGACGCCUUCUGGUGGGCCGUGGUGACCAUGACCACGGUGGGCUACGGAGACAUGAAGCCCAUCACGGUCGGGGGGAAGAUAGUGGGUUCGCUCUGCGCCAUCGCCGGCGUCUUAACCAUCGCGCUCCCGGUGCCGGUCAUUGUGUCCAACUUCAACUACUUCUACCACCGAGAGACCGACAACGAGGACCAGACCCCGGUGGUGGAGAGCAUGCCCCCGGGCUGCCCCUACUUCCCGGACUUUCUAAGGAAGUUCAAAGGCUCGCCCUCUGGCUCGUCUCUGGGUGACAAAGCGGAGUACAUGGAGAUGGAGGAGGGGGUGACGGAGUCUCUGUGCGGGCUGGAUAAGAGCCCCAGUAAAGGGAACGGGACGGACAUCAGCAGGAAAAACAGCACUAACUCCAAGUCCAUUCAGACUGACGUGUGAUAAACAGUAGAGUUGUUUCUUUUCUUUUCUAUAGCAGAAAACGCCCUCUAAAGAUACUGUAAACCCAACAGCAGGUGGUCACCCUAACACAAGUUUUACGCACGCGUCACAGCCCGCGCGCACGUGCACACACACCCACAGGUCGACAAUUGGCAGAAGAAAAUAAUCUCUCCUAUGGCUGCAUUCGGUGAACACGUCACAAAUGUUAGUUAUCCCUCACUUGAAAACGUACAGACCAGAUCUACCUAAUGACAGAAUUGAUACAAGUAUUCUUGAACCUGUGCGGGUUUCCAAAUCUGACACAAAAUCCAAAUUCUAAAGCAGACAGGCUAUGCAUUCGCACUUUAUGAGUUCCAUCUGUCAACAACAGAAGGUGUAGGGAUGAUCCUUUUGCUGUUAUGCAAUAAAGUCACAAUUUGUUUGCACUAAAGUAGAAUUUUGUGCGGGUUUGGCAGAUUUUUGUUUCAGAGACAGAAACUGUAGGCCAUGCAAAUGGCAAUAAUUUAGUCAUCAUCUGACCCAUUGGCUGAGGAAUGUUUGAGUUGACUUUCUCAAAGAGAACAAACUAAGGAUAUUAACAACCCCUUUCAUGUGCUGCCAGUAAAAAUUGGAUUCCAGAAAGGAAAAAAAAAAAAACAGACAGAUAAGAUUAUUUUCUUUUGUUAUUGUUCCAGUUCUUAAUAUUAACAACAAAAUGUCAUUUCUAAAACACAACAUUGAGUCAGUCAUUAAAUAAAGCAGGGCUAGAAUGAUUUCUACGACAUCCACACAAAUAUGCUUUUCCACAACAGCAGGCCAAAAAGCCUUGUGUUGACCCACCAGAGAGCUAAGCACAGGAAUCAGCAGUUAAAAAUGGCUGGAGGAUCGGUUUGCCUUGCCAGGUUUUGUAUGGACAGAUUUGGACCCUUAGUGACAACAGUUUCCCCAUGUCACUGAAACCACCUCAAAAUGACAAUAUCCCUUUACACGGACGCAGAUGGAAAGCUAUAGCAAAAAUGACUGUUGUGGAAACUCCUUUUGGAACGGGGGAGUUACGAGCAACUUCCUCUCCUGUCCGCUGGACUUCGUGCACAAUUUUUUUUUUUUUUCCUUUUUUCUUUUCUUUUUUUUUUUUCUUGUCUCAAGAGGACUAUGAUUAUCUCCGAGCUCAGAGGAACUACGGGAUGUGGAUGUCUUCCAAGCGCUGCCAGUUACAGGGAGAGGGAGUCGCCUCAUGUCUCUGGAAAUUGCAGACACCAAGCAAAACAUUGUGACCGGUCGUCGUCAGUACAAGCGGACACUGAAAAGCAACAACGACUGGACAGGACUGGGCUUGUGGACAAAUGGAGACGGAGCUGCUGUAGGACACGAGUAAAAGCAACCCUGAGGGGGUUGAAACUGGAGUUAGCAGGCGAGUAAGUCGUGGCCCAAAAUGAUUGCCUUAAUUAUUACACAUAUACAGAUGUAUGAAGCGAUGAAGCUAAGAGACUUAUACACAGAGAUGUUUUCUUUACAUGUGAAAAAGUGUCUUGUAAGGAACAGAUGUGAAUAUUUUAAUAUGAUAGAGAACAAUGUUCGGUUGUAACGUCGACAUAAUGUUUCCGUUGGGUCGGCUUCGUAGGUGUUACUAAACGGCGAGUUUGCUCUCUGCUUACGUGCAGUCGGCAGUACGACUUAAUCUAUUUUUAUCUUGUUUCAUAUUGUCAACCAAACAAGGCUGGCCUGAGUCGCUCACUCAAACGCUGGCCACAAACUCUCUUAAGUCACAUCGUAUCAUAAACACAUGAAAAUCCUCAUCCAGAAAGUGUAUAGAGGGGCUGAGAGAGAAAUCUGAGACACAUGCAUACGACACACCACAGUAUCCUCUUACAUCACCAUCCACUCAACACUAAAGCAAAGAUGUCAGGCACAUAAACGCCCUCAUGAAUUCAGCCACUUCACUUCUUUCUAAUCCCACAGAACAGCCAAUGAAAACUCCACCGACUUUUCAUCGGCCGGGAAUCAUCGACGUAAAGAUGAAAUACCUUAGGUUUCUUUCUCAGAUGCAAAUUUAGAGCUGACCAGCUGCUUUGUCGAUAUGUUUUCACUUUGAAUUUAACUGUAUGCAAAGUAACAUGGACGUGUGUUCUAUAUUUUUUUAAACCUAGCCUUGAUAAUUACAUAACCAAAGGUGAAACCCUGAAUUUAUUGUAUGUUGUGGACUUCUGGCAAAUGUUGUGAUAUAGAUGCACACUGAAUAGGAAAAAAAAAUGUAAAUAGCAGACGUUUCUACUUGUGUGUCCUAAGAUGUGUUGGAGAUAGAGUAAUAUUUACUUUCUUUGACUGUUAUGACCAUCAACCAUUAUCAUAAUCUGUGUUGAAUUCAUUUGUCCUCACUGAUACGAUCACGUUCUUCAUAUUGUUACGAAUGCUUCUCCCAAAUUUCUGUUUCAUUUUUUUCCGCUCACUUAAAGUCGGUGUCUUUAUUUAGUUUUUAUUUCUGAAACAUGAAGUUGCUGAUGUUGUUUGUGCACAUUGAAUUUUAUUACUUGCAUUGUUGCCCAUAAAUGAAAAAUUCUUACUUUUGACAGUUUUAUUUGAUUUUAGUUUUAGAAAUAAUAUCUUUUUGAGGAUUUGAAUACCAUCUUGUUUCCCCCUUUUUCCCUCUUUGCAUAAUGUAUAAUGACGCGUAAAGGUUUGGAUUUAGAGCUAGAUUGCAGUGUAUUUUUUCCCUAAAGAAAAUCCAAAGUAUGCUCUUUUUCCGAAAAUUCAUAUAUGUAAUUACCUCAACAAUAUCAUCCCUCGGAAAUAUUGUUUACUUAAUGUUGCAGAUAUUUUCUUCACGACAGAAAAAAAAACUCUUACCACGAGGUACCCACACUACAUUUAAAAUAGAUGUCAGUAGUCGACUUUUUUGGGAGGAAUGUUUUUAUUGGGAGGGAGUAGACACAAAUUAACAUUCUCAGCAGUUUUACCAAAAAUACCAGUGUUCUCCUACUAAAUUUAGGGGCUGUUAGAGUUGUUAUUUUAUAUUAAAAAAAAACCUAAAGUAAGAUGUGAAAAACGUGCAAUUCACCAGUCUUCCUGAGGAGAAUAAGAAGGUACCAAGAGAAAACACAAUGAACAUAAUGUCACCACAGAGUUAGAAUUUGUAUUUUUUUAUUUAUUUUGCAUUGGAAAAAGGAUGAAAAGAUAUAGUAGGGUAACGUUUUUGCUGAUAUGUACAUUGACAGAGAUUUUUGGUCGCUGUAAUUAUCCUUCAGAUCCAGCAGCCACACAGUAAUCCCUUCUAAAAAUCCAUUUCAAGGAGAGACAAAACCCUCACAGUCCUCGUUCUGUGUAAAAAUGCAAUCAAAGUUUCACCUGAAGGUAAUGUGACACUUGAGCGGACUAAAUUAAAUUAGUAAAAUCAAAUGGAUAUCGCGUCUCUGUCUGGGAAAAUGAUUGCUUUGUAUUAUCAGGCCUCUGCAGCGGCUCAGACAAGGAAAAAAAAGCCCCAGUUGGUGCAAAAGGAAAAAGAAAUUCAUCCUAAAAAUACGACGUGGAACAGUCAGUUGAUUUGACUCGAUAGCAGCGUCAGUAGCUUCAUCUGUACCUUUAAAAAGCACACACUGAGGACUGGGGAUCACCUGAGUUCACUUUAGAGAAGCCAGUGCUUUUUAAUGUACAGUCAGGCGCAUGAAGCUGAAAAAUAUAAACCUGAGCUUUAACUGAAAGCAUAAAACUGCUUUCUAAUGACACUAUUGAGAAUGAGAGUGAACAAAAACAAUAAAGAGAGGUUAUUUAA